CAACUCACUUGCAGCUAUAAUAAACCAAAUUCUACUUACACAACAUCGCUCAUCAGCCAUGACUACCCGUCGGAAGACCUCACAACCGCCCACAGGAGCCGCGGAAUCCAAGGUCGAGCGCAAGAGGGUUCAGAACCGCAUCGCGCAGCAGCACGCUCGUGAGAAACAGAUUGCGCGCAUACGGGAGCUCGAGUCCUUUGUCGAUCGGAUAAGGUCUGCUGUUGAUGAGGAAGAUGCAGGCGAGGAUGAUGCGAGCUUUAUGGAGAAGAACCCGAAGCUUACCAAGACGUUUUUGGAGGUCCUGGAUGAGAAUGCGAAACUCAAGCAGAGUUUACUGAGGAUGAGAAAGAGUAUGAUCAGUUUGAGCACGCAUGCGGCGGAUGGUGCCGGUGAUGCUAUAUAUGAGAAACUCAACUUCCAGGCAGAUGAUAGAGAGGCUUCAGAAACUGCAGAAUCUACUGCUUAUCUAGAGAUCACACCCUCUGGGCUGCGAAAACAGGAGUUUCAAGCCUCAUCGGCGCACUUUGGUGGUUCUCGCCAGGAGUUUUACGAAAGCAUAGUCCGGGACAACAUAACGGGACAAGGUUCAGGCACAUUUCCUGUUAUAACCUCAAGCGCAACCGUCCCUACCCUAACCAAAGCUUCUCACCACUCUCGCCAAUGCCUUGAUGCUCUCAGCUUUAGUGCCGCGGAUGACCUGGUUCCAAAACCCGUCGGCGACCUUAGCCAGCCAAUUGACCCUAGUCUUCAUUGCAUUGAAACGCAUAUACCAGAGAUGUCUUACAAUACUGAAAGCCAACUUUCUUUCCACGAGAUGAUGGCUCACGAGAUACUUCUGCAAUCAAAUCCAUCUCCCCAACAAAAUCUACUACAUGAUGAGGCCCCUUUCUUCCAAUCUUACACCAAUCAACCGGCUGAACCACACACCGAGCCUCAACCCUCGGACCUGGCAUGUAGCCCUGGCCUUAGUAUCUCCUCCAAGUCUUCAUCUGUCAUGGAGAACUUCGAGCAGGUGCUAUCCAUCUACAUCUCCCAGAUGCAGCAACUAACAGAAGCUCUCUGGAAAAGUUUGCUAGCAGCAGCCGUACGCGUUCUCUUCUCCUGGACCCAAUUAGAGGAAUACGCACAAUGUAUUGGUCAAGGAAGACUCCACGAAUCUAUUGUCCGGUGGCGCCUCGAGCCCACCUCUGCAAACCGCGAAGCAAUCCGCCGACCGUUCCGCCCUACCGACCUCCAAUCCAUCGUCAUAUGCACGACUCGCUACUCUCCUUGGCUUGAUUUCAUACCAUGGCCUGAGUUACGUGACCAGGUGCUUUUUCGGAAGGAUACCAUCGACGCCGGGGACGUGUUGCAAGAUAUCUUGGAAAACGUGGUCAUCGAACUACCUCAUUUAGGCGUUGCGGUAUUCAUGCGUGCACUGUUUCUCGAGACACGAAAGAAGAUCGUUACCGCCGAUUUUCACGAUCGCCAGGUGUCGUACGAAGGUGAUGAUAAGCACCGGAGCCUGGAAUUUGCAGUAGACACGAACAUGUCUAUCCGCACGAACUUUACUCCGGAAGAGCUUUCUAUGCAGCCAGCAGCAGCAAUAGCGCAGAUCAAGGAGGAGAUGGAUGCUGAAAUUGAUAUUACCAGCAAGAGACUUGAUACUAGUGCUGCUACGAGCGCAGGAUCUAGACAUCUUGACGCUGGGCUUGUUCGGGAGCUGCAAGCGCAAUUCACGGCAAAGUAUUGUAUUUCGAAUACUGAUAAGUGGAAGUUGAGUCCGGCUAUGGCAGUCAAAUACCCGUUCAUGCGUACUAGUAGUGCCCAGACGAGACUUCCUAUAAUAUCUGCAAGCGUGCUUGUGGGAUGCUGAUACCUGAAUACGGGGAACGACCGAGGAGUUGAUUGAGUACUGCGAGAGUGGAGGUCGUCUGUCUAUGAGAAGCUUCAUCAGCGGGCAUAAUUCACCAACAUAUCGAGGGGCAUCUUACCAAGACUACGG